AUGAAGAAGAAGAAAGAGAGACUAGAAAGCAUCGAGAACUUCGAGUCGCUCCUCGCCUUCCAGCCACUGCCGUCCUACUCCCACCAGCCGCCCCCCUCGCCUCCGAGAGUGUUCCCCACUCUGUUCGCAUCCAAAAAGGGCAAGACAAAGGAGGCUCUUUCUGCUCCGCCACCAGUUCCUCCGCCGCCGGCAGCUCUGCGCAAGACAAGGGCAAAACCAGAUGCAGUUUCUCAGUCAACUGCAAAUUUGAUCGCUAUCAAGAAAUCUCAUGCUCCGGUGACAAUGACACCAAACUACGACGAGUCUUCCGAUGACAGCGGGACCUCGUCACCGUCAACCCCUAUGCCUCCACCGCGGCCACCUUUCGAGGUGCCGUCGUGGACGUUUGCCAUGAGCGGCCACCACGUGCAGAUCAAGAGCCCGAACGCCCAGCGCCAUAAAUCACCAGAUACUGAAGAUGAUGAGGACAGCAUCUCGGAGACGAUUGAGAGCGCUUCAAACGCAUCAUCGGAAGCGACAUCACUGCUGUUCAGUCCGAGCCCGGAUGUGAACGAGAGGGCCGGCAAAUUCAUCGCGACGUUCAAAGCUUGGUUGAACCAGGAGAAGACGAACUCCACGAAGCGGAGAAGGUCCAAUCUGGGCCCAGAAAUAAUAGCAUGA